UCCUCGAACAGUCGAGGCAGCGACAUGACAGCGCAGGGACGUACGACGGCGGCGGUCGGGUCCAGCAUGUUGCCUUGGAGGGUGGUUCUCCUCGUCUUGGCUCUGCACGCGGGGGCAUCUCGGGGACAAGGAGAUGAUGCCAACAGCGUCCGUUCCCGGAUGAUGCGCCCCUUCCGGAAUGUCGACAGCGCCCCCAACGCCACAACCACGAACGCCACCACUACCACCACCACCAGAGCUACAAGUAGUGUUCAAGUUCCGGUUACCACAGAAGUUCCUUUGACAGAUGAAUCGACCCCUGCCUGCCAGCCGCCGCAGUUUGCGUGUGGCGGCAGCUCGGGGACCUGCUUGCAGUCCUCGCAGCGCUGUGACGGCUUCUCGGACUGUCCGGAUGGGUCAGACGAGCACAACUGCAACGUGUGCGACGAGAGCCGGAUGUUCCGCUGCCUGAACGGCCAAUGCAUCACCAAGUUCUGGCGAUGCGACAACGACGUGGAUUGCUUCGACCACAGCGACGAGCAGGGAUGCCCGGCCACCGAGGAAAGCGCCUGUCCGACUGGCUUCUUCGAGUGCACUUCAGGCGAGUGUGUGCCGAGGUCGUGGGUCUGCGACGGGGAGAGCGACUGCACCGACCACACGGAUGAGACCAAGUGCUCGUCUACCCCCGUGACCUGUCAGCCACACCAGUUCAGAUGCAGAACCGGUACCUGUAUUGCUGCCGCCUUCAGGUGUGAUGGGGAACUGGACUGUCCCAGUGGCGAAGACGAGGCCCACUGCAGUGAUAUCAAGUGCAGCGAAUCCCAAGACCAUUACCAGUGCAAGAGCGGCGAAUGCAUUUCCAUUCAAGCGGUUUGCGACCAGCACGAAGACUGCCGGGAUGGUAGCGACGAGGAAGGCCUUUGCUCGGAGACGUGUAAGGUUACAGACUGCGUCCACCUGUGCAAAAUGACCCCACAGGGACCCCACUGUAUGUGCAAAGAAGGCUAUGCAAGAAAUACGUCUAAUGGUUGUAUAGAUGUGAACGAGUGUGCUGCCAACUUCUCAGUCUGUGAUCACUUCUGCCAAAACAUGGACGGCGGCUUCAAUUGCUCCUGUGCUGAGGACUAUAUGUUGCAGGCUGACGGGAAAUCCUGCAAAACGACAGUACGAGGCGACGCUCUACUUUUCAUGGCACAAGGAAAGGACAUAAGGAUGUUGGAUCUUGGCCUUACGCUCUACUCGCAGAUCUACUCAGGCUUCUCUCAGAGUAUAGCCAUUGCGUAUGACCCGGUCGAUGACAUGGUCUACUGGAGCACCGAUCAGGGAGUCUUCAGGAUAUCUCGAAGUGGAGGCACGAUGCCGUCUAUCGUAGUCAACGAAGGCGUGGGCAUGGUCGAAGGGCUCGCCGUCGACUGGCUCGGGAGGAAUCUGUACAUGACGGACUCGAUGCUCAAGCAGAUAAUGGUGUGCUCCCUCAGCGGAACCUCCUGCCACGUGCUGCUGUCGGACCUCACGCACCCGAGAGGCAUACAGCUGGACUUGGAGAACAGAUACGUGUACUGGACUGACGUAAACCAGUCGACCUUGGAGCGAGCUGGCCUGGAUGGGUUACGUCGAACAGUGCUCAUUUCGGACGGCGUGAGGUGGCCCAAUGGGCUCUGGAUAGAUGCUCCAGCACGAAGGAUAUACAUAGCGGAUGCCCAUACCAACGAGGUGUUCCAUGUGAACUAUAAUGGGACCGAUCGAAAGUACCUAGCGGAGGCGGCGGUGGACCACCCGUUCGCCAUCGCCGUGUGGCAGGAGCGCCUGUACUGGAGCGACUGGGAGCACGACCACAUCCGGUCUUGUCUGAAGCGCACUGGCAAGCAGACGAAGCUCCUUGUCAAGGGAACCCACAACAACUUCUUUGGACUGGCUCUCUAUCACCCUGCAAUGAUGCCGCUGGUAGGGUCACCCCCUUCGUUCCGCCAGUGUAGCCACCUGUGCUUGCUGUCCCCGGCUAGUAGAUACACCUGUGUGUGUCCAGCCGAGAUGGAGCUGGCGUCCGAUAAGCACACUUGCAUCGAUCUCCCCAGACGCACAUACCCCUUUAUCGCCUUCCAGCUGUCCCCCCGCCUCCACGGCCACAGCACCUUCGCCGCUUGGACGCCCGGGGUCACCCUCAAGCGCAUUGGAGGUUUUGCCUACGACCCCAUUCAGGACACUGUAAUUGUGAGCGACAUUUGGGAAGGGAGCAUCUACAGUGUCAACAGGGAGACAGGAGUCACGGUGCCCAUUGUACCGGGCAUAUCUCGGGCAGUUAGCGUGGCUGUCGACUGGCUACGGAGGAACGUGUACUGGAUCGACGGCACGAAGGCGGCCGUGGAGGUGAUACGUGAGGACGGCGCCUUCCGCACAGAGCUCCUGAAGGCGAUGCCGCAUCUGACGAGCAUCACCUUAGCCCCCCUCCUCGGGUUCAUGUACGUGAGCGACGCCAGUAUUGAGCCGUUCAUCAUGCGGUGUGGUUUGGACGCCAAAUCCUGCAGCAAGAUCGUCACGGUCGACCUCGUCCAGCCCUUGUCGAUUACCUUUGAGACGAAUCCCGAUAUCAAACGCCUGUACUGGUGUGACCGCGCCCUGGGUCGUAUCGAGAGUGUGGCCGAAGACGGGACCGACCGACGGGUCUUCGUGCAAAACGCGAAGAGCCCCGUUUCGGUCCUGGUGACUCGUUCGCAAAUCUUGUGGUCUGAAGAACGGACUUCUCUCAUCUACGCCGCUUCCAAAUUGGAUAAUAGUUCUGUGCGGGCAAUGGCUCUUGAAAUGGGCAUUCCGGAAAACGGAGAACGUUCCCUGAAGCUCAUGGAAGUUGGAUGGAAAGUUCCCGAGCAACUAGCAGCGACAAACCACCCUUGCCUGCAGAGUAAUGAGAGCUGUAGUCAGUUGUGCCUUGGAGACAACUUUAGCGAAAAGGUGUGCGCUUGCAGUUUCGGCUACAAACUCCAGGUGGACUUGAGAACGUGUGAAUCCGUCAAGUGUAACGACAUCCAGUUUCAUUGUUUCCGAUCGCACACUUGUAUUCCUAGUUCCUGGAAAUGUGACUUGACCCCCGACUGCCAAGACGGCGAAGAUGAGGAGGAUUGUAAUCAGCCACAAGCGUGUAAGGAGAAAGAGUUCCAGUGUUCUACAGGCUCGUGCAUUAACAAGCUGUGGACAUGUGACGGAGUGCACGACUGCGAGGAUGGCUCUGACGAGAAACUCGAUGAAUGCUCGAACGUAACAUGUAGCAGCGUGCACUGGAGAUGCAAGUCGGGCAUGUGCAUUCCGAAGAUGUGGGUUUGUGAUCAAGAGAAGGAAUGUGACGACGGCUCAGACGAGACGGAGUGUGAUACUUCUUGCCCGGAACACAAAGUCGCUUGUAGAGAUGGAAAAUGUGUACCAAAGGUGUGGAAAUGUGACGGCGACAAAGACUGCCUGGACGGAAGUGAUGAGGAAAAUUGUCCAACUGAGUGUAAGAGCAACGAGUUCACCUGCGGCAACAAGAACUGUGUGCCCCUCCGAGCCACCUGUGACGGCGAGGACGACUGUGGCGACGGCUCCGAUGAGGGCCUGCCUUCGUGCCAGCCCCCAGCCCCCCCUCCGACGUGCCACAAAGGCCAGAUCAUGUGCGAGCGCCACGACCUGUCAUCCCCGCCCAUCUGCAUACCACUUGUUAGCGUAUGCAACGGCGUUCGGGACUGCCCCCUUGGCGAAGACGAGGACUGUGAUUACUGCGCCCGCCACGAGUUCAGCUGCUCCUCGCACGGCUGCAUUCCGAGAGGGUGGAUGUGUGACGGGGAAAAGGACUGCACUGACGGCUCUGACGAAAGCCCUUAUGCCGGUUGUCCGCCUGGCAAUGACACCGUUAGUGAUGCCCCGCCGCCGCCGCCGCCAGUCUGUGGAACGCACGAGUUCGAGUGCGGGAGCGGCGGCUGCAUAGCGUCGCGUCUCGUGUGCGAUGGCUUGGUGGACUGUCUCGAUGGCUCCGAUGAGGGCAGCUUGUGCGCAAAAACCUGCUUGGGAAACGGUGGGUGCCAACACGUGUGUAAGGAAGGUCCAAAAAAUCGCAUUUGCUCUUGUUGGAAGGGAUUCAAACUCGCCGAGGAUCAGACUAGCUGCGUAGAUGUGAAGGAAUGCGACGACGAGGCCACCUGCAGCCAGAAGUGUGAGGAAAGACAUGGCUACCACUUGUGCUCCUGCCUACCCGGCUAUACUCUUAGACAGGAUCAACGUUCUUGCAAACCAAUAGGCGGCGACGAAUAUGUGGUGGCGGUGCAUCCUGGGUCCAUCCUGAACAUGUCCCACUCCUUCCAUCUCGUUGAGAAAGUGACGAUGCCGUCUCAUGUUCAGUUUUCGUCUCUCGAGUUUGCACCAGAGUCCCAUCAUUUUGUUUAUGCUGACAAAGCUCAUGGAACUAUUGGGAAGAUGAGCAUGGAUGGCAAGCUGACCACACUCCUUAAGCACAGAAAGCGUCCCCAGGGUCUUUCCUUGGACCCCAUUAGCAACAGCGUCUAUUUCUCUGAAGAAUUCGGUAAAGCUGAAGUUGUGGACAACGGUUUGCCAAGAGCGCGCAGGGAGACGAGUGCUGACGGGGCUUAUUCUGUGAUAAUGGUCUGCGGGAUGGAGGGCGACAGAGAAUGCAGCAUGGUGUACCAAGGACACGGUGAAGAGAUCCCUGCAAUCCGCGUGGCCCCAAUAUCAAGACGACUCUUCUUCUGCACAAACAAUAUGGCGCAGGAAGAGGCAAAAAUUUUCACCUCUGAUAUGGAUGGCAGAUCGGCUAGAAUUAUCAGUCAUAAGGUUGUGAAGUGCGGGGACCUGGCAGUGGAUGAGGCCAAGGAGCGAGUGUACUGGACCGAUCUUUCCCGUAAUGUUGUCGAGUCUGUCAAAUGGUCGGGCGAUGGCCACCGGAUUAUAAAAGAAAAUGUACACACGCCAAUUGGACUAGCCCUGAGUGGAGACUGGGUGCUGUGGUUGGACACGCACAAGCAUCAGGUAAUAAAGUGCAACAAAUUCGAUGUAGGCGUCUGCGAGCAGCACACCAUGGGCUCUGCUGGCAUAGCUUUGAUUGUUCAGCAUCGUUUAAGAAUGGAGAGUUCAAUGAUUGGAGCCUGCACAGCAAAGAACUGCAGUCACCACUGCACGAUCCAAAUGGACAAAAAGGCCAAUUGUAUGUGCAAAGUCGGCUACACCACAGCACCCAACCGUCCUAACGAGUGUGUCAGGUUGAAAUCGUGUGACCACAGCCCUUGUCGAGGCGAAGGUAUAUGCGAAUCCCACUCCGACACAGAGUUUAUUUGCAGGUGUCCUGUAGACCAUGAAGGGGCCUUGUGCGAGGUGGCUAAGACGCCCACAGCAGACAACAGUGACAGUAGCAGCGCAACCUUAGGCGUGUGCCUCUUCUUGAUAAUCUUCGGUGCCCUCAUUUUUGGGCUUUAUUGGUAUCGCAAGCGACCGUUCCCCUUUUGGAAGGGAAAAGGAGGGCAACUUCGCAAGAGAUGCUUUAAAGCGAAUCAGACGCUACGCUUCGCCAACCCAGGCUUCGGUAUUAUUUCCCCCACCACUGUGCCCAACGGAAACACAGCGUCCGGUAUUAAUACCAUCCCCUCAACUCCGCCUGUCUUGCGAGGCUCUCACAACUUCGAAAACCCUUUCUUUAAAACUGAUGAGCACGUGCCGGACACGAGUGCAGACUCAGCCAUAGUGAGCACAGCCGACUCGACCUCCAUCAACAUCGCUCCUCAUCAGGUGGAUCUGACGACACCACAGCACGUAUUGAAGCCACCGGUAGAGAAGAAGGUCGAGUGGGACCUCUCUCCUUUCCAACCCUUGCAGCCUCCGGUGUGAAACAAUGAAUUAGAAUACAUAUACUGAUAUAGAUAAACUUGUUGUAAUUGUUAAAUGUUUAAUAUUAUAGGAUAAUAUAUAUUUCUAAACUAA